CAUCUUUUAUUGGGUUUUUUUUAUUGAACUCUAUUGAGAGCAGGGAGGGAGGCUGCUGCUUGUAGAUCUCAAUAUGUGUUAAUCAUUUAUGUUUACAACUCUGACACGACAAUCUCCAGGAGGAACAAGAGCCAAAGGUCUCACCUGAACAUCAGAACAUCGAAACUCUCUGCGAAUGCUGUCCGACAUGGGGGGCAUCACAGGAGUGAUCCUACUAUUGUCCCUUGUCUGCCUGAUAAAAGCAAACAACAGCCCUACAAUUACCACCUUUGUUUAUAACGUGUGCGAAGAUUUGAAAAUAGGCGACCUUGCGUUUAACAUCGAAGCAACAGACGAUGAGGGUGACCCGCUGAAUUACGAGCUGAGUGGAUCCAACGCACCAUACUUUGACGUUAAUGCAGCCACUGGAGCUGUAACAGUAAAAAUCCCACUUGAUAGAGAGAGUAUGAAUGUAAUGCCACUUCGAGUUACCGUCUCUGACGGUUCCAGCGCGAUUUCAGGAGACUUAAACAUAAUCCUAAUGGAUGCAAAUGACAACAGACCCAUAUUUGCAGAGGCAUCUUAUGACAUUCCUGUUCCUGAAAACACUGCUGUAGGUUCAUCUCUGUUUAAGGUUUCUGCCAAUGAUGCCGACACUGGAGCUGCUGGUGUUGUUACUUAUAGCAUUAAAGUGGUGACUCCAAGCAAUGGCGAUGGUUUUUUUACCAUUGUUAGCACGACUGGUGAAGUAAAAUUAAACAGAGAACUCAAUUACAACACCUUGGGCACCUUCUAUCGGCUCCAGAUUACUGCAACAGAUGGCGGAGGCGGAUGUUCAAAGACACCGACUUCCCUCUCAAGCAAUAUUUUCUCCAUCAUCACGGUGGUUGACGUGCCAGACCUCGACCCGCAGUUUCUUGGGACACCAUACACAGGGUCAGUCUUAGAACACGAAGAUGUGGGUCAUUCAGUGUUACAAGUGAGUGCCUUUGACCCGGACACAGGAGUGUCUGAUGUCAUGAUCUAUACCAUUGAAGAAUCCAAAGAUUCAGGCCUGUUUGACAUCUCCAGCAGUACUGGUAUCAUUUCUGUCAAAGGAGAAAUUGACAGAGAAGUUGUUGGUGAUACUGUGACCCUGACUGUGAAGGCCACUGAAACUAACAACAACAUCGAUGGGGUCAAAGCCAGCACAACAACAACUUUUGAUAUCAGCAUUCAGGACAUCAAUGACCACAUACCAGAGUUUUAUAAUUGUGCGGAGACUUGUGUUGUCGCCUCCCAGUUCACAGGGGAGGUGUUGGAACAUUCUCUGGGAUCCAUCUCCUUUGACAUGACAGUCAGAGAUCUUGAUAGGAACUCUCGAACUCAGCUAAUUCUGGAGGGAGUGGACAAAGAUGUGUUUUCUGUGGAGCCCUCCUUCACCACAGUCGACACAGUCGUCCAGCUUCUCGUCAGACAAACGGAAAAACUGGAUUAUGAAAAAGUCCAACAAAUGAUUCUCAAUGUGGUUGCUGUUGAUGAGGAGAACACAGCUUCCCGCUCCACUGCUACUGUUACAAUAAACAUAAGGGACGCCAAUGACAACAGCCCCACAUUCCCAGAAGAUUCGUACAAACUGAGUGUUCCUGAACACUCUCUUGCUAAUACAGUUCUGGAAACGAUUACUGCAGAGGAUCCUGACACAAUGGAUGAAGGCAAAAUUACCUACAGACUUCUCCCAGAAAACAUCCUACAAUAUUUUGAUGUGGAGGCCAAUACGGGGAAAAUCUACGUUAAGAGCUCCGUUCUGCUGGAUCGAGAGCUAAGAUCUCUGUACACAGCCACUCUGCAGGCCUUAGACUCAGAAGGCAAACCAGGAACCACAGUGCUGGAGAUCACUCUGACCGACAUUAACGACAAGACGCCAGUCAUGAACCGAGAGUCUUACCUGGAGUUUGUUGAAGAAGGGAAAGACGUUCAAGUCAAGAUAGAAGCUACAGAUGGAGAUGAACCAGAUACAGUCAACAGCAAAAUUGAGUACUUCAUGAACCCCAGCACCUAUAGCUCCAGUUUCACCAUCGACCGGGACACGGGCAUUUUAUCCAACAGUAAGGUGCUGGAUCGGGAGGCUCUUGAUCCAGAGCUGAACGGGAGGAUCCUGCUCACUGUUGUUGCCACAGAUCAGGGAGAUCCACAGCUGUCCAGCAGUGUUCCAGUUACCAUCAGUGUGGAGGAUGUCAACGACAAUCAGCCAAAGUUUAAAUCUCCUUCUUAUAAGUUCUCUGUCAAAGAAGGACAGAAAGGUGCCCUUGUGGGGUCCGUUUACGCCGAGGAUUUGGAUCAAAGUUCCAACUUUAACCGAAUUUCUUUCCGCAUCAUUGAUGGCGGCUUUGGCAGCUUCAUUGUUCAGAGCUCCCCCGACACCGAGGGCUACAGAGGAGACAUCUCUGUGGACCCAGACAUCGAGCUGGACUACGAGAGCUCCCGUAAACGGUUCUCGCUGAAGGUGGAGGCACUGGAUCUCGGAAACGAGAAAGAUGAAGUGGUGGUGGAGGUGAAUGUGGUGGAUGUGAAUGAUGAGAGGCCCGAGUUUGACCCAAUAGUGCCGUUGAAUGUGAAGGAGAACACCACUAUCACUGAGCCUGUAGGGAAAUUUACAGCACAGGACAAGGAUGGAAACCACUCCCUGGUUUAUGAGCUUGAGUCAGUCAGUUGCAGGUGCAAUGGCAGCUGGGACACCUGCAGAUUUUUUACCCUAAACCCAGCGGGGGAGGUUCGACUCAAUCCAGACUACGUUUUGGACUUUGAAGUGUGUGACCAAGCGCUGGUGGAGGCUCAAGUGGUGGACAAAUACACGGAGAAAGGGGAGAACAACAGUGCUACUCUAGGACAAAUGGUAAUCAACAUUGAAGACAUUAAUGACAACGCUCCAGAAUUCAUUUACUCAGAUACGGUUUAUGUUGUGGUGGCCGAAACAGCAAGUACAGGGACAUCCGUCGCACGAGUCACUGCUUCAGACAGAGACUCUGGAUCAAACAGGGAGAUUGACUUUGAAGUCACUUUAGUCCAGUUUGAAAACAACAAAAAUGAGACCUCUGACAGGAAGCUACUGUUCGAGGCCGUCACUACGCAGCAACAGGACACUUUCAUUGGUAUUAUUCAGUCUACAGAAAGCCUGGAUAUGACCGUCCAAGGGAGAUACGUGGUGACAGUCAGAGCGACGGAUAAAGGCGGCCUCUACACAGACACUGUGCUGAAAAUUUUCAACAUUGAUGAAAACUUCAAAGUUGAACUGGAGUUUGGAAUUUCUGAAGUGGAGGUUCAGAACAAGCUCUUUCAAAUUACAAGGGCGCUUGAAAGAGCCACAGAUGCAUUUGUAAAAAUUGUUGCCAUUAGAUCAGAGAUUGUUUCAGAAUCCAGGAAUAUUGAGAAGACGGUGAUCGUGGCUUAUUUUGUGUACUCCAAUGGAGUGCCCCUCAGCACCAGCGAUGUGGAUAAAGGUCUCGCUGAUCCUGAACAUUUUGAAGAACUGAAAGCGCUUGGCCUCAAUACCAUUACGGAGGUCACUGAAACAGAAGAUCCAGGAGAUCCUGUGAAAUUCGUUCUGCUUGGGAUUGUGGGAGGCCUCGCCCUUGUAAUGAUUGUCCUCACCACUUCGCUUCUGUGCACCCGCAGGAACUACAGGAGGAAGCUGAAGGCGGCAGAAGCCAUGAAAUCCACGGUGAACGCUGACAACCAGAAAGGAGGACCGGUGGUUCCUGGAACCAACAAGUACACCAUGGAAGGUGCCAAUCCGGUGCUUAACCUCCAUUAUGAGACCGCCAUAUCCCUGGAUCUAGACGAGGAGAGCUCGGAUGUAGAUAAAGUCAGCUUGAACUCUCUGGACAACAGUGACUUUAUCAAUAUUGACAGCGGCUCGGUCUCGAUGAAGGAGAAGAAAGGGGGUGAUGAUUCAUCAGAGGACGGUGAAGCCUUUGACGCUCUAGCUCAGCUGGGCAAGAAUAAAUCAGCCAACAAGUCUGAUGUUGGUUUCAUUAACCCGGUAUUUGACACAACCGAUCUGUGAUGGAAGUAAAAGAAGACCAGAUUCCAAAGACGGACAGAAUCAAGAAAACAAAAAUGAUCAUAUCUUGUUGGAUGAAUAUCUCUAUUUGAAUUGGAACUUUGUUUUCACUGUUAGCGAUAUAUUAUUGAGUGAAAAAUGCAAGAUCCCUGGCUUAUAAUUAUUGAAAAGAGACAUAAAAAUAUAUUUUUUUUGUUUUAUCUGUGAUCAGAUUUUCCUUUCAUUCACAAAAGAGCAAAAACAAGUUUUUAAAAACAAGAAUUAAUGAUGAUAUUUGUUGUCAAACUCAGGGUUUUAAAUAAAGAUUUACAUUUUUUUUCCUUCGAAAAGUUCUAUUGCUGACAAACAUUUGAACACAAGCAACUACGUCAAGCAAAAGAAUCACUUUAUUUAAGCAAUUGUGUAAAGCUGUUUGGUUUUCUUUGAAAUAAAAUGUACAUAAUCAGAUCAUUUGCAACAGACACUUAUAAAAUAAACGAAAAACUAAAGAAAGUACAAGAAGAUUGUUUGAUUUCAGUAUGUGAGUUGAAUCAUUGUUUGUGAAAAUCUCAUGUUUAGUCUCAAGUUCUGAGCUCCUGCUGCUGAAACGAGACUUUGUUCAGUGUCUUCCUGCCAGCAGCAGAUGGAAAAAGAUGGCUUUACUGUUUACUCACAACCGAGUGAAUGUAUCACGAGUGCAAUCUGUGAAUAAAAUCAGUUUCUCUUGA